CAAAGUAUAAGAUCACCAAAGACAACCACUACUUCAUAACAACUGAAAAGCUUGACAACCAAUACUUCCAUGAUAUUAAACAUUGUACAAGUGUUAAAAGUCCGACCAGAGCAAGUUAGUAUUUAUUGGCGUUCGGUUAUUUACUGCAUCAACCCGGAAGUCCAUGUGGUCAGCUGUGAGUGGUUGAAAGAAAACUGCACAUUUCUCCAAACUUUAGCACAAUAUAUAAACUUUUAGUCGCCUCCUUGUACGAAGAUAAAGUCACCAUGCAGUUGUCAUGGAUAUAUUCCGUCAUUGCGUUUGCUGCUGUCGUCAUCAGUUGCCAUGGUGAUGAAGAGAAGAAAGAGAAGAAGAAGGUUGAUAAGCUUCAAAUUGGAGUAAAGAAGAGGGUAGACCCAGCAGAUUGCAACAUAAAAUCUAGGAAAGGAGACAAACUGCACAUGCACUACACGGGCACAUUGGAAGAUGGUACAGAGUUUGACAGCAGUAGAACAAGGAACCAACUCUUCACAUUCACUCUUGGCCAGGGUCAAGUCAUCAAGGGAUGGGAUCAGGGACUUUUAGGUAUGUGUGAGAGUGAGAAACGCAAGCUAGUCAUUCCAUCAGAUCUGGGAUAUGGAUCUCGGGGAGCUCCUCCUAAAAUACCUGCCGAUGCUACUUUGAUAUUUGAAGUUGAGUUGGUGAGAAUUGAAAGGAAAGAAGAACUAUAAGGCAAUAUAUACUUCUAGGACAUUAACUUACUACUCAUUACAUACAAUAUAAACUCAUUACGUACAAUAUAAACUCAAGUACAAUAUAAACUCUUGAUGUACAAUAAAAACUCAAACAAGGAAUAUUAGAUCCGGUACAGGAAAAAUUUGAUCUCUCGCUGAAGUACAUGAGAGCGUCAUGUACGGUCCGUCACAAGAAGAUAU